UUACUUAGGUGAACGUUUCUAGACUACAACAGGUGUAAUGCAUAUAGUAUGUGAUAUUUAGUCAAAAGCUAGUACAAUAGUUGUGAAAUGGCAACCGAAUAGAAAUACUGAAGAAAACUACACGCAAAAGCUUGUUCGUCACUCGUGAAUGCUCAUAAAUGCUAAAUAUGUACAUUUGUAUGUAUGUAGCACGAAAUUGUUUGUGUGGACUAUUAAAUAAAAUAUUUAAAUUAUAUAUUAAUGAGUAAUACUAAAUAUACUUAGGUAUGUAUAUUUAUGUAUAGAAAUAUAUACUUACAUAUUUAUUUACUAUAUAUUAAGACGUUUAUAUACUUAUGUAUGUAUGUAUAUGGAAAUUAGUAGAACCACAAGCGUAGUGAGCCAUUUUUAAAAUAGGCGGGAAAACACUUCAAAACAAAGUAUUCAGUUUUACUUUGCAAGUAUGUAGAUAGGUUAAUGUGUACAGACAUACUCCUAUAAAUACACAUACUAAUAUGCUGGUAAACAAAAUGGACUCUGUAUAAUAUAACUAAAAAGAAACUGUACAGGACAUACAUAUGUAUGUACUUAUGUAUGUACUCUACUCAUACUACUCGCUUACCUACUACUAGACAUACAUAUUGAUAAAAAUUUGAAACUUGCUUGAUAACGUUAUGUUUUUUUAAAUUUAUUUUUAACACAAUUUUCACUCCUUAUCAAUAAUUGUUUAUAUACACAUGUGUAUUUGGUUAAAGUAUAAUUUCCCUGUUUACUUAUUCAAACGAACGUUAUUUGUAUAAAUGUGUGCUUAUGGAGUAUGUUUGUGAAGUAGCUACACUCCAAAACACCGCCAAAAAGUAUAAUUUUCAAAGCGGAUACCUUCACACGUUGAAAAACAACUUCGUUCGAAUGGCUGUCCAACUGUCGCAAACACAAGCGCAAAACGGUCUAGAUAAGCAACAAUACAGGCGUUAUUUUGCACAAUAACAGCUGCAAUGUACUCUAUUUGUACAGUAAACACCUAAUAAGAUGAGCAAAUAAUUGACGAAAAACCCAGUAGAAGGAAAAAAAUAGUUUAAACAUAGGACAACAAACAAAAUUUUUCGAAAAACAGAAAAAAAAUAUAAAUUAUAUUCCUAAAACUAGGUUAAGUAAUAUAAAGAAAAGGCAUUUAAAAAUUGCCGAGAUGGGACAGAUAUUGCUGGAAAAAUUAUUAUCAAAAAAAAAAUCACACUGAGUUUAGACAUAACAUAAUUUCGCAGAUUAAUGAAAACUAAAUAUGACAAUAAAUUCAUCUCAGAAUAUUAGAAGUUCAAGCUUCUAAGAAUAGAGCCAUUAGUCGAUCUAUAACAUCUGACUAGAUAGGAGGAUUUGUGUAUUUGAGUUUUGACAGUGCUGGUUAGUGGACCACUAUUCCUUUUCUUCUUUUUAUUAUCUGUCUUAAAACCUAAAUUAAUGUCUGUUGCAUGUUUUACGAAAAUAUAUGUUUUUAUAUUUUCUCAUUCUUUCUAUACUCAAAACUUGCAAUUAGUAUAUUCAUAUGAUCAUCAGAUCAGUAUGAUCAAUAUGAGACGCCCUGAUCAAUUAUAUAAACAUUUCCUUCUAUAGAACUUCUUAUAGCAAGUCUACAUGUUAGAUUGGCUAUUUUUAUGGCACAGAUACUUAAAUUAUUUUCUAGUCUGGUUCAAAAACUCUGAGGUAUUAUUCUGAUAUAAUGCCGCUUCAUUUUUCAUUCAUGCUUCAAGCAUCAUAGCAAACUUAAAAUACCCUAUUUAGCGCAGUUACGAAGGCUUUACUGUAAUGUGUUAUUUUGCUUAAUGAACAUCAAUAUCCUUUCCCAUCUCACUACCAAGUAGAGAAUUUCGUCAAUUCAUCUUAAUGCUCACUUGAAUUCGAUUGAUGCCAUCUCUUUGUACUCAAUUUCGAUUUUAUUUUCAAUAUGCAAUCGUAUUUGACGCCUAGCGAAUGCGCUACUAAAUACAAAUCAACAUAAAAAUAUAUAUACCGAUGAUUUACGGAUUUACCUACAUAUAUAUUAUCCAUAAAGUACAUGUAUGUAUUUUAACAUUGGAUCACAGUUAAAUGACUUUUCUGGCAGGCGUACAAGUGAAUGUAGCACUCCUCCUACAUUUUUGUGCUCAUAUAUGUACAUACUUAUUAACAUGCAUAAUUCUACAUACUUACAUAUCUAUUUAUGUGUGAAUAUGUGAGUAUGUAUCUACAAUCGUUUGCAGUGCAUUUGACUCACUUACGUGUAUAAACGACGUAAAGUCGUUUUAGUUAAAUGUGGCAGGUCACAUCUUUCUAAGCAGUGGUUCCCAACUGGGGUGACUUGAGGUACUUUUGCAUACAUUUACUAUAGUGUGAUGCCAUAUGAAUUUAAAUUUAUGAUUAUGAUAUGGAUAAAUGAAUCGCAAAAUAUUUGAAUAUUUUUACCAUUUUUUUAUGUAUUUAUGGUAAGUAUAAUGCUCUGGAGACUUUCAAGUAUUUCUGUCGCUAUUUUCUAUUAAAUACAGCCCAAUAAACUGAAAGCGACCCAGCGUUGCACACUACUGACAUGUGCCAACAAAUCGAACAAACAACUUCAUAUCUACAAAAGUGCCAUCACAACGAAUCCCCAACAACGCUACAGCUGUCGUGUAGCGAAACGAACAUCACUGGGUUGUAAAUAUCGUGCUUGAAUUAAUUGUGUGCUUUUUGUAGAGCACACAGCAAAUAGUGAUACCAAUACCAAAGAACAGCAAGCCAAUCUACCAACUCGACACACCGCACCACCCCUUCUGAAAUCAUACAUACAACUAUUAUAUGUGUGUAUGUACGUCCGCAUACUGAUUCAUAUACCGGCUCAUGGCCACAACGGCCCACUAAUCGACGCUAUGUCAGUUCCACCGACGCACCGUUCGUGCCAUCGACGGUGCGAACAGCGAAAUAAGCAAUUGUGACAUACAUAUUUAGGUAUGUAUGUAUCUACAACUGCCUGUAUGUAUGUACACCUAUCGUCAGCUAGGCGUAUGGACGCACACCAAAAGCAAUUUAAUCCCCGCACCGCACCAAACACUCUUGCUACCCUUGGAAUGCUAGCGCAACGAUAGAAGCAAUUUUCAAAUUUACCGCCAAACGGCACUACAUCGAACUGUGCGGCGACUGUACUCACGAAACCCAAGCAGCAUUUGUAUGGAAUUACUCAAGAAACCCUCUAAACGCGUCACCAGCGUUCGCAGGUUUGUUUGCAGAAUUUUUUAAUUAAUUUCAAAAAAUAGCUGAAUUUUUUCACUAACGAUUGGUAUAACUUUGAAAUCGAUUGAAAUAAGAGUUAUAGCGUAAAAAUUAGCGUAAAGUUUUAGCUGGCAUUGGGGCACGCAUUAUGCGGACCCAUCAAUGGGGAACACAUCAGCUUUGCUGUGGAGCAGACGCUUUCAGUCGCAAACUGACGCUCAACGAGUACACAUCUCGGUGGUUGAAAAUACCUAGUAAACCAAAAAACACUUACAAUAAAUAAUAAUACAUAUAAGCAAUAUAAUACAAGCAAGCAAGCAGCACAACAGCUAAAAGCCACAGCUAACUACCUAAGCGCUUUUUCUGUUGAAAACUGCCAGCCAGUCAGCCUGCCCGAUUGAUUGUAUAGUCGUCAGCCGCCACACAGCGUGCACAUUUCCGAAGCAAACAAUAAAAUAAUAAAGUAUCUAUCAUCUGCCUACCUAUAGCACUCUAGCUAGUGUGUGCUCCAUACGCUCGCCCUGCUUUCACAUUAGAGCGAUAGAGAAGACAAACGUUGUACGUACUGUCUUCGUCCUUGCUGUUGCACCGCAUUCUUUCUAUCGCAUCGUACGCCUUCGGCUGUACAACGAACAUACGUUGUUGUUUGUUGUUGUUGGGUUCGACUGUAGAUACAGAUACAUUUACGUAUAAAGUAUCUACGUAUCGCGAACAGAACAGCUCAGCUCAGCACAGAACGUACCGCUGAAAUAACAUUUAGAAGUUAAAUACACACCGCAAACGAUAGUCUCGAACAGUGUGUCUGUGUGCUUCGUACCGAGUGGAUCGUCAAAGCAAAUUGUACGCGUCUUGUGUUUAAAGCAAAUCAAAUAAAUUUGUAAAAAUACAUAAAAAUAACCGCGAACGCAGUUAUAUAAGUUACAACAACAAAAAUAAAAUAUAUUAAUUAUAUUUAAAAACACAAACUACACAGAACAAAUCAAAGAAAAUGUCAGCCGCCACAGAACAACAAAAUAACGGUGAUGUCGCUGUUGAGAAAGUUACCGCCGAUGCCGUCGAUGCGGCAGCAGCCGUGAAGGAAGAUCUCAAAAAGCCUGCCGUCGAUGAAACAGUAGCGGCCGCCGACAAUGGUACAGCGUCAAAAGGUGACGAUGAGGAAGCCAACGAUGCCGCCGCCCCCGUCAAGGGACAAGUGAAAGGAACAAAACGGCCUGCCGAAGCAAAAUCCGCUGAAUCAAAGAAGGCAAAAAAAGAAAAGGCCGCUGAUGCUGAUUCAGAUGAUGAAGAGGUUUUAGAAGAGAUCACCGAGGGUGAUAGUGAAAUUGAAAGUGACGAAUAUGAUAUCCCCUACGAUGGUGAGGAGGAAGACCUCGAAUGCGACGAUGAUGAUGACGAUAACGACGACGGCUCCGGUUCAGAUGAUCAGGCGUAAUAAUAAUAUAGUAGUCAAAAACCAUUUAAAUUAAAUAUAAAAAAAAUAUAAAAACUGCAAGAAAACUUAAAAAACUGCAAAACAAAAAAAUGUAAUAACACAAACAAAGAAACAAAAAUGAUGAAGCAAGAAGUAUAUAAUUAUUAUGUUAAGAAAUACUUUUUAAUUUCUUAUUUUAUUUUAAUUGUAUUAUGUGUAAUUUUUUUUAUAAAAAAAUAAGAGAAUGAUGAUGAUGAACAACAAAAGGCGAAAAAACCCACAAACUGCAUAAUUUUUUCCUUUACACUUAAGUCUUACGUAUAUUAUCAUUUUAAUAUAUAAUUAUAUAUUUAUAUAUAUAUAUAUAUAUACAUACAUAUAUAUAAAUAUAAACAACUUAAGCGUAAUGAUGAAAAGAUGAGUUAAACAAACAAAAAAAAUUAAAUAAUAAUAAUAACAAUGAGAUGAAAAUGAUGAACACAAAUUACAACAAUAGCAAUUAGAAACGUUACAAUUGAGUAAAAAUACAAAAAACA